UCUGUAUUCCCCCACUUUCGCAUUAAAAACUUCCGCCACACUCAAAAUCCCUCCUCACUCUCUUUAGAGCUCUUGGAUCAGAGAUCCCAAUGGAUUGGAAACGCAGGAGCUCACUCUUUGUUCUGCUCUUUGUUAUCUCGUGUAUUUUCAAUGUGAUUGAUGCUCUGAACUUGAAGAAUAGUACUCACCAAGCAGAAUACGGUCGGUUCCUCCUUGCCAAUGGCGUUGCUACUACACCUCCAAUGGGUUGGAACAGUUGGAAUCACUUCCAAUGCAAUAUAAAUGAAGCCACAGUGAAGACCACUGCGGAUGCUCUUGUUUCAACUGGCUUGGCAGCACUCGGAUACAAAUAUGUCAAUAUAGAUGAUUGUUGGGCUGAAAGAAACAGAGACAGUAGUGGUAACCUAAUUGCAAAAUCGUCAACUUUUCCAUCUGGAAUCAAGGCCCUUGCUGAUUAUGUUCACGCAAAGGGUUUACAACUCGGCAUAUACUCUGAUGCUGGUUAUUAUACUUGCAGCAACACAAUGCCAGGCUCACUUGGGCACGAAGAGCAAGACGCAAGAACCUUUGCUGAAUGGGGUGUCGAUUAUUUGAAGUACGAUAACUGCUACAAUGAUGGUUCUAAACCUCAAAUCAGAUAUCCUAUAAUGAGUUCUGCAUUGCGAAAGGCUGGAAGGCCAAUCCUGUACUCCAUAUGCGAAUGGGGACAAGAGGAUCCUGCGAAAUGGGCUGGUCAGUAUGGCAAUGUGUGGAGAACUACGGGAGACAUUAGGGACACUUGGGAAAGCAUCACGUCGAUUGCAGAUCAAAACAACAUUUGGAAGACAUAUGCAGGCCCUGGCAAGUGGAACGAUCCUGACAUGUUGGAAGUGGGAAAUGGAGGGAUGAGUGUAGAGGAGUACCGAUCUCAUUUUAGCAUUUGGGCAGUCAUGAAAGCUCCUUUACUUAUCGGAUGUGACAUCCCAUCUGCGAGCAAGGAAACUCUUCAGAUUCUUGGAAAUAAAGAGGUUAUUGAUGUUAAUCAGGAUCCACUCGGAGUUCAAGCGGGGAAACUGCGAUCCAAAGAUAACCUAGAAGUGUGGGCAGGACCAUUAUCAAAUAAAAGAGUGGUGGUAGUGUUGUGGAAUAGAGGCGGGUCAUUAGCUCCUAUAACUGUGACAUGGAAGGAAGUUGGACUCUCGCCAAAUACAUCUGUUACAGUCAGAGACUUAUGGGCGCACUCAUUUGUUUCAAGGAGCAUGCUUACUGGGCUGACUGCAAAUGUUGCUCCUCAUGGUUGUAAGAUGUAUGUCCUGACUCCUUAAUUAGUCAAAUAUGAAGAUGACUCAAUAGUCCAUACCAUAUGGGACUAAUAUCUGCAAUUCUUAUAAACUAAAUACAUAAAUAUCUGUUGAGUUGAAUGGUUUGACUUAAGAUAUUUUAUUUAAUAAAUUGAAUGAGAAAUCAUAGGAUUGCUUGUA